AUGUGCCCACACGUUUGCCAGUGUGGCAACUUGCAGUCGACAACGACGACAUCGCAACCUCAAUCACAAAAGCUUCACCUUUCAGCAGAUCACAAUGAUGCCACAGACGAAUGGAUUUCGUCGAUGCGCCAAGCAUUCACUGCGACUUGCACAACAGAUCAAAGCAACAACAAUGGCUUCCUCCACGCCUCAACUUCGAUUGGCACAUCCUAUCCAUCAAGCUCAGCUCUUCAGCUGGAAAACCUUGAUAAAGCUCCCUCGCCAUACAAGAGCCUCGAGAACAAUGCCUCGCCCCUUUCCGCUUGGCUGCCACAGAACGAGACCCUCGAUGGGCUCUGCGGUUCCUCAGCAUUUGUCGACAUCGAUGGCUCGCCUAUUGGUAUGGCCAUUGAUCUCGACAUGCAAGCCAGCGACGCUGGCCUCUUUCUCUACGGUAACGACUCCCCGUUGACACCAAUGGUCGAAAGGCAAGACUCUCUGCCAACACCUGGCUUGGAUCAUUCGCCAUCUAGUGUGCCAGCUCACGACCCGAGCUUUUCAUACGCAGCGUCUGCUGGGAUGGCCAUGUCUGCCCACGCCGGUUCUUCGGUAGGAUCGACACCGUCGGUUCCAGCAACACCCACAAGUUUUGCAAUGCUUGAGCUCGACCCUUCGUUUCAGCCUAUGAUGCAACGCUCCAAUUCGCAGGCCAAGCAUAGUGAGUGCAACGAGGUCGCAAUCAUGGCUUCCGAAGCCUUAUCGCACGCUUUCGAUUUCACAGCCUUCUCUCAGCCACCAUACCACAGCGCAAACGUUUUAAACACUCAGUCCUCAGCGAGUUGUGCUUGUUCAACUCGGCUUACGCAAGCAUCUACUUCGAUCGCUCCUUUGCCUAUGCCAAUGCAAGUUGCUGUGCCAGCUCCUGGCGGGCUCGAUCCAGAGGUGUUACCAGUAGAAUUCCUCUAUGAGCCCUUUGAUGACCAGACUGGUCUUCCGCAGCAGCAGCAACAGAUUAUCGCGGCUUACCGCGACUGGUCUGAGCUGAUCAACUCGAACUCAUGGACACCACCGGUGGCCACUGCGACUGCAACACGCUUCGAGCCUUACCAAAACCGCUCGAUUGCGUCCACUGCAUCCAGCACCUCACCGAGCUUCUUCUCCCUUGGCUCACCCGCUCUGUCGGCCCACGGACUGUCAGGCGCUGAGCCUUCCGGGCCUCGUCGACGCUCGCUCACUGUAGGAAGCCUUCCUGGCAUGCCUUCAAGCUCGGUCGAUAGUGUGGGUAUGUUGGGUGUCAGCCGUCCUCAGACGCCUGGAGCUCAGCAAGCAUCCCUACCAUCUUCACCUAGGCUGGGAUCGACCAAGAAGUUUAGCUCGGUGCCAUGUCGACGUUCACGACCCUCCACUCCCGCCCUUUCGGCUAUGUUUGCACAAGACUCAGUGGAGAUGGCAAGCUUGAAGGAGAGGCGAAUGGCUUCGCAUGCUUCCAGAGCUAAGGUAAGCGGUUCUCAGAGGAGUCCUCUCGCUGGUCUCUUUGCCGCUCAAGAUUUGCUACUCGUCGGCAACGAGAUCGGCGCGGGUGGUUCAGAGCCCUCUCCGACAGUGUCUGAGCUCUCGUUGGGCCUGAGCACACCGACCAGCUUGACUUUCUCUCCACCGUGUACGCCUCUGGGUGCUAGCUUUGCUGGUCUCAAGGUCGCUGCUGAUGCAGACUCGGAAGAAGUCAACGCAGAGGGUACGGUAGUCAAAGCCAAAAUCGCCCUCCACCACCAUCGAACAAAGCUGCAACGCAACGUCCUCAACGAGAUUGUUACCUCGCUUCAAGGCGCCUACAAACACUGUCGACGCCAAUGCCCUGAGCCCUCUUCCCUCUACGAUCGAACCCCCGCGACAGAGCUCAACCAGCUUCAGCUCGAAGAACAAGAUCCGUUGGGCUUAUAUUCAUGGAUGACAACCGACAAGGAACCCACUUGGUGCACCAGUGGAGUCGUCGUAGCAGGCGAGACGAAAGAGAUGAGGAAGAACCGUCAGAAAGCCGAAUCCAAAAUGCGCAUGCGUCGUAAAGAGAUUGCACAAUUCGCCGCUCUCACCACCUAUGCUCGACUUGCUCAUUCCCAUCUCGCUGUUGCUAGCGCUGAUGCACAAGAAGCUGAUGUCGUGGGCAGAUCACUGGCUCAGGUGUUUAUGGAACACAAAGAAGCAUGGUCAACCUUGAUCGCGCUGGAGAAAAGACUCUUUCAUACGGUACGAGUGCAACUUGGACUCCAAGAGUUGGUCGUACGAAGGCUGACUGAAGCACUCUCCCAACUCACUUCUGCUUCUUGA